CCAUUGCCAGCAAGGCAGCAGCAGCAGCAGCAGCAGCAGCAGCACAAUGACCAGCAGGAAGAAGGAAUUGGCUUUGCAGAUGCUUAUAAGUAAUCAGGAACUUUGGGAAGAAAUGCUGAGUUCCAAAGGAUUGAUAGUGGUAGAUGUUUAUCAAGGCUGGUGUGGACCAUGUAAAACAGUAGUAAGCCUCUUCAGAAAAAUAAGAAAUGAACUUGGUGAUGAUCUUCUGCAUUUUGCUGUGGCUGAAGUGGAUUCAAUUGAUGCCCUAGAGAAAUAUCGUGGAAAAUGUGAACCUACAUUUCUCUUUUAUGCUGGAGGUGAGUUAGUAGCAGUUGUAAGAGGAGCAAAUGCACCGUUGUUACAGAAAACCAUUGUGGAACAGCUGGAGGCAGAAAGAAAGGUCUUGGAUCAUGGAGCAGACAGAGUAGUGAUUCAGGAUGGGGGCCUUCCUAAAGAAGAAAGCCCUAGUGUUCGAGAGGAGGAGGAGGAUGAAGAAGAUGGUGAGGAUGAUGAGACAGGGUAAUUAAUUUGUCUUGGGACUGGUUUUCCAACUGCCUUUUUGAAGUUGAUGAGGAAAAUUAUAGACAAAUUUCAGUUUCUAGUAGGGAGAAAAGGGUACAUAAACCAACUCCCCUAUAGCUAUCACUGUACCACAUGGAGCAGAAGUGUGUUUGAUGUAGAAGUGAUCCAAAAAGUCUGUAGUGCAUCCAUGUUUUAAUUACUGUGUCAGCAGCACUUGUGAAAGGUAGAAAUCGAGACACUCGCUCAUGUAUUAAUUGUUCUUAUUGCUACUAUUAUUUUCAUUUAUAUUCACCACAGAAUUGCUCAUUUAGGUAUGUAUUAACUACUAUGGCACUACGUCAAGGUUAGUCACGUUCAGACAGUUGGGAUUAGAACAUAUGGACAGGUGGAGCAGGAUCACUUCCAAUCAUCCACCUCAGUGUCUGUAUGCAGUAUACAAAGCUCAUAUGAUGUACACACUAACCCUAGAGCCCAUUAAUGGGGUUUAUAGUUUGGUGAGGCACUGGGGUGCUCUAGCUGAUAAUUCUAAAUGUACUUCCAUAUGCUGUACAUCCCAUGAUUCCAUAGGACGUUGUCAUAACAAUUAAAGUGGAAUGUGGCACUAUACUUUGUAUAGUAUGAAUGGGCCCCAGGAUUGGACAAUACUGAACCCAUGGGACAUCUGCAGUUCCAUGAUAAUUUUUCCAGCUCCCAUGCCCUCUAGAACAUCCAGCUUCUCUCUCUCUCUCUCUCUCUCUCUCUCUCUCACACACACACACACACACACACACAUAUAUAUAUCCUAUCCUGAAAGAACAAGAUUGUUCAACAUGUUAAUGGGGGCAAAAAUCAGUAGCUAGGAACUGCUCCCCCAGCCCAGUCCUUGUGCUCAAAUCCUUGGAUAUAUUAUCAUACCAUGAUUGACAGCCUUUUACCAAUGUAUUUCUGAUUAUACUCCAUUGUCAGCAAUGGUGGGAUUUUCCUCACACUGUGUUUAAUUUAGAAAGUGAUCAUAUAAUAUAGAACAAUUGGAGGCUCCUUUAGAGAACAACACAGGCUCCUGUUGCAAAAUAAAUGGACUUUUCUGAUCACAAGAGGUCGACAAAAUAAUUUUUAGACUACAGUGAACCCUCUAUAUCCACGGAUUCAACCAUUCAUGGCUUGAAAAUAUUCAUUUAAAUAUCCAUAAAGCAAACGAUGUUGCCAAUUUAUAUAAGGGGCACCAUUUUACUUGAUGUUAUUAUGUGCCUUCAAGUUAUUUGCUACUUAUGGUGACUCUAAAAUGAAGCUAUCAUGGGUUUUCUUGGCAAGAU